GAAUAAAAAGAAGAUUGUUGAAAAUGUAAAUGGGGCGUGACGAACGACUGGGCAGAAGAGAGAUAAGCGAUACUAGAGAUAUGAGACAGUAUUAAAGACAUUGUGAAAGGCACUGAAGAGCAAACUGCCCUCGACAUCAUCCUACCAGUAAAGAGAGAGUCUGCGUGAAGAUGAGGAAGACGUGUGUGACUUUGUUGACACUGCUCAUAUGUGUCCAGGUGUGUGCCCAUGACCCUUUGUACCCUCGUGUUAAGGAUGGUGAUAAGGCCCCGAAGAAGGCAUGGCCGUGGAUGGUUAGUUUGCACGACCCCACCUGCCAUAUUUGUGGAGGUUCCCUCAUCAGCCGUCAAUGGGUGCUGUCGGCCGCUCACUGUUUCUUUUGGGAUGAUGGCACACCUAUGGAUAAGGACAGCAUACUUGUGUACUUGGGAAAGAUGACACAGCGUAAAAAAAAUUGGAAACAAAAGAUGCUAAAAGUACAACAAGUCUACACUCACGGAUCGUAUAAUAAAGGAACUCUCAUCAAUGAUAUCGCUCUGCUGCACUUGUCUGAUCCAGUCAAGUUUAAUAAGUAUAUCAGUUCAGUGUCUCUGGUGCAGAGUGGCAGUGAUUUCCCCGUUAACACUAGGAGUGGGAUCAUAGGCUGGGGACAAAUUGGACAUCAAGUGAAUCUACCUUAUCCUGGGACUCUGCAGGAGGCUGAAGUUUUUGUGAUGGAUAGUACUCUUUGCCAGGCCGAGCUUACACAAUGGAAUAAUCAACAUCAAAUCACCAACGAUAAGAUAUGUGCUGGCGAUCCUACGGGAAAAGACACACAGCAUGGGGAUUCUGGAGGUCCAAUUAUGAGUAAAGAACACUGUUCAAAGUGGGUUCAGUUUGGCAUCACCAGCUGGGGAUUUCCAUCUACUAAUGGCAAAACACUCGGCGUUUACACCCGCGUCUCAAGUUUUCAGCAAUGGAUUACAGGCACUAUAAUAAAAAGCGAGGACUUUCCACAAUUUGUUGACGUAAACAUCCCUUGCCCAGGCCCAGGAUCAAAAAACGGGAAAUAGAAAUGGUGCUGCUGUUUGUGAGGUGAGGAGUAGCUCUGAAGACUCUUCUACAAUGACCCGGACACACGCCUGUCACAUGACUAUGUCUCUUCAACUCCCAGGAUUUAAGAUAGCUUUUAAAGCUCUGCUAUAUCUUUAACCAGUUCCACUAAAAACUGUUUCACAGAACUGCAAUGUUUAAUGAACACUUUCCUCUCUGUUUUCCUGUCAUCUGUUCUUCAUCUUCAUUUUGCAUAAUGUUUGCCAAUAAAUAUCAAGCAUCGA